UUGUCGACGUAAAGUAGCGGAAGUGUCACGGAGCCUGCAGGAGGAGAGACGUGAUCUUACGUUACUUUGCGAUAAUAUAACGAUGGAGGUGGAUCAGCUGCUGUCUCUGUCAGGUUCAGCCUUGGCUCAGGCUAUCAGUUCUCUCCUGGAGACUCCAGGGCUUUAUGUUUUCUCGGAUAUACUGGAGCUGCCAAACGUUCGAGAGCUGGAGACAGGUCCUCAUGCUCCUGUCUAUCAACUCCUCAAUCUCUUCGCUUACGGAACCUACUCUGACUACAAAGAGAGGGCGUCCUCGCUCCCAGAGUUAACACCUUCCCAGAAGAACAAGCUCCGUCACCUGUCAAUCAUCAGUCUGGCCUCCAAUCUAAAGUGCCUGCCCUACUCGCUGCUGCUCCAGCAAUUGGAGCUGAAGAAUGUGCGUGAGCUGGAGGACUUGCUCAUCGAGGCCGUCUACUGCGACAUCAUCCACGGCAAACUGGACCAGCGCAACCAGCAGGUGGAGGUGGACUUCAGCGUGGGCCGUGACCUCGGUCCUAACGAGCUGCCAAACAUCGCCAACACGCUACAGGAGUGGUGUGCAGGAUGUGAGGCGGUGUUGUGUGGCAUUGAAGAGCAAGUCUCCAGAGCUAACCAGUACAGAGAGAGCCAACUCAAAGUUAAAGUGCAAGUGGAGACCGAGGUGUCAAAUCUACAGAAAACCCUGAAGGCCAGCUCUGCGUCACCAUCUUCUGGCCCCGCCACCGGUGGAGCAGCGUCCAAUCAAGAUGCAGAUCAACCAGCUGAGCCACGAGACCCUGCCUCUUCUCAGGAAUCCCGGCAACCGGGGAAAAAGAGUUCAAAGGUCAAAGGGCUUCGCGGGAGCGGGAAGAUCUGGUCCAAGUCGAACUGAGCCCAAAGGCACGUAAAGAUCAGCUACGCCGAGGUGCAGAUCGCCGAUUUGCUGAGAAGCUCCAAGACGAACAGAGACGCUUUGACACUUGGCAUCAACGCUGACAGAAGAACUAGUGAGCAGACAGCAGCUUCUUCACAACACUGCUGUCCAGACAUCAUGUAACCACAGACUUUACAGAUACGAGACUCGGAUUAAAGAGACUGUGUGUGUGUGUGCGAGCGAGAGAGAGAACAGACUGUGCAUAGAUGUAUGCUUGUAAAUGUUUUAAAUCAAUAUUUUUUUUUCUUUCCCUCAGUGUUUUUUGAGUUGCAUUGUUCCAUAAUCAGGAUGGAUGAAGAUGAUAAAAGAAUAAACAUUUUCCCUCCGUCA